AGCUCUGUGAUGGCUGCUGGGGGGAAGCCGCGGGCGGCGGGGCUGCCCGUGUGCCGCCCUCGCGCUGGCGCCUGUACCUUCCAGGCUCUUUCCCCGUUCCCGUCGCGUACGGCCUCUGCCGGGACUCGGGCAGACUGCACGCGAAUAAAGGCAGAAGCCAUAGCCUUGGGGCCCCGCCCGGUCCGAACCGCUGCCACCACCGCCGCCGCCAUCAUGAUCUGCCUGGUGCUGACGGUGCUGGCCCACCUCUUCCCGGCGGCCUGCGCCGGCGUGCACGAGCGCACCUUCCUGGCCGUGAAGCCCGACGGCGUGCAGCGGCGGCUCGUGGGCGAGAUCGUGCGGCGCUUCGAGAGGAAAGGCUUCAAGCUGGUGGCGCUGAAGCUGGUGCAGGCCUCGGAGGAACUGCUGCGUGAACACUACGCCGAACUGCGCGAGCGCCCCUUCUACGGCCGCCUGGUGGACUACAUGGGCUCGGGGCCGGUGGUGGCCAUGGUGUGGCAGGGGCUGGACGUGGUGCGCGCCUCGAGGGCCCUCAUCGGGGCCACGGACCCGGCCGACGCGGCGCCCGGCACCAUCCGCGGGGACUUCUGCGUCGAGGUUGGCAAGAACGUGAUCCACGGCAGCGACUCGGUGGAGAGCGCCCGCCGCGAGAUCGCCCUCUGGUUCCGCGGCGACGAGCUGCUGUGCUGGGAGGACAGCGCCGGGCACUGGCUGUACGAGUAGCCCUGCCCGCGGGCCCCAGGGGCCAUCCGGUUUGCGACCCGCCUGGAAACGCACUCGGGCCAGCGCUGAGGCUGGCCUGCACUUCUGUUUACAAUAAAGUGAAGUGCUUAUGCUCA